CUCCUCGACAUUUUCUAAACCACAAAUGCCAUGAUUCUCCGGGACUGUUGACAUGGCUUUGAGUUCGUGGAAAACAUUCGAUUUCUUCGAGGUCAGCCCAGUCAACCCGCCAGACGAUGAGAGCAAGGCCUUCUUCGAGAAUAACGAAAUCAGCUGCGUAUGCUCUGGGUCGGAGAAUCUGUUCCUUGGGAGCUACGAUGGCAUCGUGCGAAUUCUCUCAUCAUCUUUCAAGAUCCUGCGAACUUUCCAGGCACACGACAUUGGAUCGAUAACACAUAUGAAACAGGUGGAGGGAACUUCAUUACUGGUUACAAUAGCUGAAGACAUAUCCAACGAACCAGUCUUAAAAGUGUGGGCUCUGGACAAGCCGGUGAAGAAGACAGGUUUACCAACUUGCCAGUCGACACUGAGCAUUCAGAAUGGCCGCAAGCCGUUCCCAAUAUCUGCAUUUACAGCCCUUGAUGAUCUUUCUCAACUCGCUGUAGGCUUUGCAAAUGGUUCGGUUACGGUGGUACGCGGGGAUCUUGUACACGAUAGAGGAGCGAAGCAGCGGACCGUUUACGAAUCCGAAGAGCCCAUCACAGGUGUGGAGUUUCGAGACGAGUCUAGGGUUAUUACUCUCUAUGUUUCAACGACAUCACGCAUUCUGAAGCUUGUGAUAUCUGGGAAGGGCCAAGGACAAGGCGCCCGCGCUAUAGAAGACGCAGGUUGUGCUGUGGGCUGUAUGACCCUCGACGGAAAAAACGGUGAUAUUAUUGUUGUUCGGGAUGAUGCUGUCUACUACUACGGGAUUGAUGGGCGGGGCCCAUGCUAUGCUUAUGAUGGCUCGAAAAGCUUGGUAUCGGUCUUUGGGGACUAUAUUGUCCUGGUCUCUCCUCCUGCAUCCACAACUUCUUCGACAAAGUCGAACACCCUCCGGCGGUUUGGUGGCGCUCAAGCUGAUGUGCUUUUCAAUACUUCGACUUUCACAAUUCUAGACACGAGUCUGCACUUUAUUGCCCAUUCGGAAUCCUUGGUCUCCCAAGUCAAGACGCUGUUCUCCAUUUGGGGCGAUCUCUUUGCACUUACACAAGAUGGCAAGAUCUACCGCUAUCACGAGAGAUCCCUCCAACAGAGACUGGAGAUCAUGUAUCAGCGCAACAUGUUUGUUGCUGCAAUAAAUCUGGCCCAGAAAUCUGGUAUGGAUGUACAACAGCAGAAUGUCAUCUUCCGAAAAUAUGGAGACUAUCAGUACCAGAGGCAAGACUAUGAUGGUGCCAUGCAACAAUAUCUGAAAGCAAUUGAUAACACUGAGCCGUCCCAGGUGAUACGAAAGUUCCUGGACACUCAACGAAUCCACAAUCUCAUCGAGUAUCUAGAGGAAUUGCACGAACACCACAAAGCUACGGCAGACCAUACUACCCUCCUGUUAAAUUGCUAUGCAAAGUUGAAAGACAUUGAGAAGCUGGAGAGAUUCAUCAAAUCACCUGGUGAUCUCAAGUUUGACCUCGACACGGCUAUCUCGAUGUGUAGACAAGGAGGCUACUAUGAGCAAGCCGCUUACCUAGCCACCAAACACGGCGAGCAUGAGCUUGUGGUUGAUAUCUUGAUUGAGGACUCGAAAAAAUAUGCAGAGGCACUCCAAUAUAUCUGGCAUCUAGAGCCAGAAGCUGCAUAUCCGAAUUUGAUGAAGUACGCAAGAGUUCUUUUGGAAAAUUGUCCAAAUGAAUCGACACAACUUUUUAUUGAAUAUUUCACUGGGCAGUAUCAGCAAAAGAAAGAUGUAGUCGUCACACAAGUUGUUGCGCAACAACCGGGCUACGCUGCUGGAGCUGUUAACGCAGUCCAAAAUUUGAAGGAUCUUCUUCCACUUCCCUAUAUGAACCCUUCCGCUGUCACAUCUCCCGCUACACAAGGCAAUGUCGCCGUGGCGAUCAGCGAUGGUCAACUCAUCGAAAACCCCGAUCAAUUAGCCGCACCAUCAUAUACCCCUCCACAACCUCGGACAGCAUUUUCGUCGUUCGUGGAUCACCCGGGCGAGUUUAUAGUCUUCUUGGAAGCAUGUUUGAAGGGAAAAGAUCUCAAAGAGCGCGACAAGAUUGACCUCUACACCACCCUUUUCGAAAUGUAUUUGCACAAGUCAAACGAAAAGAGAGGCGCGAAUCGGGAAGAAUGGGAAGCGAAGGCCAAGAAACUCAUCGAAGGAAAGGAUAUCCCGAUCGACACAUCGAACGUGCUCUUGCUAUCUCAUCUCUCCGACUUCCGUGACGGAACCACCCUCGUCCGCGAGCAAGCUGGACUACGAUUCGAUAUUUUCCGAUCUUAUACAUCUGCCAAAGACACUAGAGGAGCUAUCAAAGCGCUGAAGAAAUAUGGUCCAGAAGAACCUCAGCUCUACCCUGCAGCACUAUCAUAUUUCACAUCAGAUCCGAAGAUCCUUGAAGAAGCUGGCGAUGAACUGGACGCUGUUCUUGAGAAGAUCGAUGAAGAUGGCUUGAUGGCUCCCUUGCAAGUCAUUCAGACUCUCAGUACGAAUGCGGUGGCCACAAUGGGAAUGGUGAAAACUUAUCUUCAGCAAACCAUUGAGCGCGAACGGAAAGAAAUCGCUUCAAAUCGACGACUCAUCUCUUCCUAUCGCAACGAAACCACAGACAAACGGCAGGAAAUGGCGGACCUGAGCAGCAAACCGCAGACAUUCAACAACACCCGAUGUGCGUUCUGCGGCGCACCGCUGACUUUGCCAACGGUGCACUUUAUGUGCAAACACAGUUUCCAUCAGGGAUGCUUGAAUAUGGAGGUUGGAGAGAACGGCCAGGUCGAAGGAGCUUGCACCGUUUGCAAGAAGGACAAUGAUACGAUCCGGGCGAUUAGGAAGGCGCAAGAUGAGAGUGCUGAUAGGCAUGAUAUGUUCUUGGAUGCAUUGGCACGGAGUCACGAUAAAUUCUCCACGAUCAGCGAGUUCUUUGGGAGAGGCGUAAUGGAGGUCCCAUCUGUAGACUGAGAGUAGGUACGAAACCUAAAUAAUAAACCUCAUGACUGUCGCCGAC